AUGAAGAAGAUAUAUUGGGUGAUCCUGUGGUCGCUCUGGGCAGCUCGUCUGGUAAGGCAGCCAACGAUGCCGGUCCGAGUGACCGGAGGCUGGCUACGAGGAGAUGUGGCUCAUGAUGGAUCUCACAAGAGGUAUAUGGCAGUGCCUUACGCAACCCAUCCUGCUAAGAGAUUCCUAGCUCCCGGUCCUGAACCAACAUGGCUAGGUAUUUUCGAAGCAAUAGAAGAAAAUGUAUGGUGUUUACAGAGGAUAGGUGCAAGCUGGCUUGUUGGACAAGAAGAUUGUCUGAUUUUAAAUAUUUAUACACCAAUGGAUGCUACGCCUACAUCAAAAUAUCCUGUUAUGGUUUACAUACACGAAGGAGGCUUUUACCAAGGUUCCAACAGCCGGGUCGUGCACGGUCCACAUUAUUUAGUUAGCAAAGGCGUUAUUCUCGUUGCUAUUAAUUAUAGACUUACUACUCAAGGAUUUAUUUGUUUAAGAAUCAAAGAAGCUCCAGGAAACGCUGGGAUGAAAGAUCAAGUGGCAGCUCUUAAGUGGAUUAAACGUAACAUUAAGGAAUUCGGAGGAGAUCCUAGUAGCGUUACUCUGUUCGGAAUAAGUGCUGGUGCAACGUCUAUUUCAUUUCAUAUGUUAUCUCCUAUGUCGAAAGGUUUAUUCCACAGGGCUAUUAUACAAAGUGGCUCCUCAUUAUCCCCAUGGGCGUUACAAUUUAGGCCAGUCUUUAUGGCAAGCUUGUUGACUAAAGUUAUGGGGUAUACUACAGAAGAUCCUUCUGAACUUUACGAAAUAUUAAUGAACACAUCUGAUAGAGAUCUCAUCGUGAAUAGAGUACCAAGGAGAGAAAAUAAUAUAAUUAUAUCAGAAUUACUUCAUACACCUUGCGUGGAACAUGAAAUUGAAGGCGUAGAACCAUUUUUAACAGACAUACCGUAUAAUCUAUUAUCCAAAGGAGAAUAUAACAAAGUUCCUAUAAUGAUUGGUGUUAAUAAAGAAGAAGGCUUAGUAUUUGUUGAUAUGGAAAAUACAACAACAAUUCCAAAAAUAAUUUUUGAGAAAGCUAUACCGAAAAACUUACAUGCACCCUUAGAAAUACGUAAAGAAAUUGGGAAAAAGUUAAUGAAAUUUUAUAUGGAUGAUAAAAAUAUAACAACAGAGAAUUUGGUAAAUCUUUCAAGAUUUCAUGGUGACCUAUACUUUACUUUACCAGUGCUAGAAAAGACUGAACUCUUAUUAGAAUCUAAUGGUUAUCCUGUGUACAGUUACAUUUUUUUGUACGAUGGAUGGAGAAAUUUUUUGAAGUUUAGUCUAUCCUUUGGUUUAAACAAAAUAAAAGGAGCAACUCAUGCUGAUGACCUUUUCUAUGUUUUUGAUCAGCUAUUUGUUCCAAAUUUUUUUGAGAACAACAUGAUUGAUAGAGUAACAACAAUGUGGACAAAUUUUGCAAAAUACGGGGAUCCCACACCACAAAUAUCUGAUCUGUUACCAGUGAAGUGGUUACCAACGAACAAGACGUCUCCUCAUUCCUUAUUCAUCGACGAGGAGUUCUCCUACUCUCCUCUUUGGACCUCCGACUCUCUGAAGUAUUUACGAGAAGUAUAUGCCAAGUAUAGAAGAAAAGAAGAU